AUGACAAUGACACGCGAUGGAAGGUUCGAUUCAAUGGAUAAGGCAGCUCCACAAUUCUCGUUUCGCAGGAGGACAAUGGCAACCAGCGAGAUGAAGGAAUUUUUAUCAACAAAAGGAGUAGAAUCUACUAAUUUAAACUUGGAUGACGCUCCAGAUCAAUCUCCUCCUAGUACUUCGACAAGAAGAAUGUCAUUUGGAGAGACGAUGCCAGAAAGAAUUUAUGACUGGGAAGAUCCACGACUUGGAAUUCAAGGAUUUGUAGCGGAUUACUUCACAUAUCGUAUCGAACAAAGCGGUUUAGAUUGGUAUGAUGCACCAGCACUACCAGAUGGAGUUCAGGAUGAAUUCAAAAUGAUGAGAAGUUUAGCGACGAUUUUUGAAAAGAAACAUACAGAAGAACUUGAGAACUGCUCGGAACAACUACUCGCUGUCCCCAAACUCACAUUCCAUCUGUAUCAAGAAGUUGCUAAAUUUUUUGACCGAAGUAUCGGACCUGGGCAUUGUUCGAUGUCUUACGGACAUCUGAUAGGUCUCAUUUCGUUUGGUGGAAUGGUCGCAGCCAAGAUGAUGGGGACCGCUGAGCUACAAGGACAGGUGCGAAAUCUACUUCUGUACACAUCGCUCUUCAUCAAAACGAGAAUUCGGCAAUGUUGGAAGGAACACGAUCGUAGUUGGGCUGGCUUUAUGGCUCUCGGAAAACAAAUGAAAGAAGAUUUCGAAAGGGACCAAGCAGUUCAAGAAGGACGACUCCGAAACUGGUCGUUAAUCGGAGCAGGUGUAAUCGCAGCGAUUGUGUGUGGAAGGAUAGUUUACAGCUUCAAAUAA